AUGUUCUUCAGGGGAAUAAUCUGGCUUUGGUUACCCAUCAGAACAGGUAUCAUUCUAGGAAGUGAGCUAAAUAUCCCAGAGCGACAUGGUAAAAAUAACUGUUAUCAGCUUAACAGGUUUCACUGCAGCUACGAGGAGGCAGAAAAUUACUGUCGUGUCCAGGGAGGACACCUUGCUUAUACUUGGAACCUGAGGGUCCGGGAUCUUCUCUGGGACUCUCUGGAAGAAGGGAGUAAGUGGUGGAUUGGGCAAAAUCUAAAGCAGCUGGGAAAACGUCAAGAAAAAAACAACCCAGGUGUCAUGCCCCCCUGGCCCCCAGAGCCCCCCAACUGCACUUACAUGUCCUGAAACUCCAACUGGAUCUCAUCAAAAGUGGACUUGUGCUCCCUGGGGCAUUCUUUCAUUUGCCAGGCUGCUACUCAUCCUGCAACCUCCUGUCACCACCCUGCUCACGCUGAUCUUUCCAAGACCCUUUGUCUUCCCAUCAGCCCAUUUCCUUCAACACUACCCAAAGCCACACGGCAGGUCCUGGCAGUGACCUUGGCGCCUACCAGCCAGCAUCUUCCUGGCACCCCAGCGCUCACCAGGCCUGCGCCUGAAACACAGUCUGGGCAAGCUCUGGUAGUGGUGACCUCAAGCCCCAAAGAGGAUUCCCAGGUGGAGGUCUUCACCACUCACCUACAAACAUCACUUCAGGAUGCAUCCGAUCAGGUCAUAGACGAGAUAGCAGGGAACUUGAGCAAACCGAUUCAUGGUUUGCAAACUCACAGCAAACUACAGACAGCUUGUGAGAUGCUCCAGAAAUGGACAGCCUUUAUUCCAGGAUUUUCUGAGUCAGCUCAGGUCAGUGUCCUCAGUCCCCUUGUUGACCUGAAUGAGCAGUUACCUGAGAGGGCACUUGAGAUCAACAGCAGUCUGAGCUUCAAACCUGUGACCGUCUGCUUCGUUCACUCCCUCGUCAAUGUCAUGGAAGCUGGUGAAGCCAGUCUACAAAGAUCCAAGCAUGACAUUGAGCAGGUAGAAAAUAUGCUGGAAAUGGCCUUGCUGGCCCUUGGGAAGAUCCAGGAAGUGUUUCUAUAGCAGAACCAGUUUUCUGAGUCUUUAGUGACUUUGACCUCUUCUGUUGCUACUCUGAUGCUGAACAGCCAAAACAUGUCAACCUGGCCUCUGAGCUCCUACACUCUCUGGUCCCCAGCACCUGUGAGGUUAGGCUUUCCAUCAGCCUCAGCUUUGCAAGAGCUCUUGAACAGACACCCUGGAGUUAAUGUCCAAGUAACAGGACUAUCUUUCAAUCCCUUCAGGGAUUUUGAUGACAAGAACAUUGUUGGAAGCAUCAGAAGUGUGUUGCUAAGCUCUAAUCAUAAAUUGUUCCAAGUUGAUGAUUUAAUGGAAGAUAUUGAGAUCAUACUGUGGAGAAAUGUUAGCAUGGAAAUCCAUCCUACCAGCCUCAACGUGAGCUCAGAUCAUUUUAUUAUCAUAGUGGACAUCACUUCCCUAGAGAAAUCCCUGAUCCUGUGCAUACAACCUGAAAGCGCCCGUCCCCUUUUAAUGACACUCUAUCUGGGGUUCCAGUAUCAGCCUAACCAUACCCCCUUCGACUUGAACAUCACCCUUCCAAAGAAUCAGGUGUGGCAAAAAGAUGAGGAAUAUACAGGGGUGCUGACGCCAGAGAGUCUGCAGUAUGGGACCGGCACCUACCACCUAACAUCUGCCUUGGACAAGAGCCAGGAGAGUGCCCAGCAGACGCCCACCCUGUUCUCGGUGGUGACGGCCGUCACGCAGUGUUAUUUCUGGGACAGCCACAACAGCACGUGGAAGAGCGGUGGAUGCCACGUUGGGCCACAGAGCACAGUUUUGAGGACACAGGGUCUCUGUAACCGCCUGGCCUACUUUGGCAGCAACUUCUUCAUUGUGCCCCGGAUGGUGAACAUUAAAGACACGAUCAAGCCGUUCCUUCGCGUGACCAACAACCCUGUUGGGGUGUCUUUGCUGGUCAGUCUUUUAGGAUCCUAUAUACUCACAUGUGUGUGGGCUUGGAGAAAGGAUCAAGCAGACAUGCAGAAGGUGAAGGUCACUGUCCUGGCCGAUAAUGACCCCAGCUGUCAGUUUCACUACCUUAUUCAGGUCUCCACUGGCUAUGGGAGAAAGGCUGCCACAACAGCUAAGAUGGUUAUCACCCUUUAUGGAUCAGAGGGAUGGAGUGAGCCCCAUCACCUUUGUGACCCUCAAAAGACAGUCUUUGAGCAAGGGGGACUGGACGUCUUCCUCCUCACACAGUCUUCCCUGGGGGAGCUGCAUGGCCUGCGGCUCUGGCAUGACAACUCGGGGGCCAGCCCUUCUUGGUAUGUAAACCAGGUCAUUGUCAGUGACAUGGCAGGUAAAAGGAAAUGGUACUUCAUAUGCAAUUGUUGGCUGGCCGUGGACCUCGGAGAGCACAAGCAUGACCGGGUCUUCAUGCCAGUCUCAAAGAAAGAACUCUUUUCCUUUAGACACCUGUUCUCCUCCAUCGUUGUAGAAAAGCUCACCCAGGAUUAUCUGUGGCUCUCAGUGCUAACUCGGCAUCCCUGGAACCGGUUUACAAGAGUCCAGAGGCUUACUUGCUGCAUGACAUUGUUUCUGUACAUGGUCAUCAACCUUAUGUUCUGGAGAAGCAGCACCAGAGCCGAGAGAGAUGAGCAAGUGGGUCCGUUUCCUGUGACCUGGACCCAGCUGAUCAUCAGCGUCCAAACUGCUGUCCUCCUCUUCCCUGUCAAUCUUGUAAUUGGGCGCCUCUUCCUGCUGAUCCAGCCACAGGAGCCCCUGCCUCUCUUUCCUCCCAGCCAAGCCUCCUGCCCCUCAGAUGCUACUUCUGAGCCUCUGUCUCUCACAAAGGUGGCUGAGGAAUUAAAGGAAACUGUGGGAUUUCUGCUCAGGAGAAACACAUACCUACUCUCAGAGCGGGAACAAUCUUUAUGGAUGUCUCACAGCAUUGACAAGAUGGCACCGCUUUUAGCCAGCCUCAUCUGUUCUCACUUGGAGGGUCCCGGCUCUCAUCAGCAGGCAGGAUCCCAUCAGGCAAACGGUAAAGCUCCGCAGCCACAUCAUCUCUGCUGUUACCUGCUCAGAGUUCUGCAGCAGCUGCAAUCGCACUUACGCGCCCUGGGUCCCGCCCAGGCCGACCAGCCUCGUGACGUCCUCGAUGCCACCAACCAACUGCAAAAACUCCAGGAGCUCUUGGAAACACAUAUUCUUCCCACAGAGCAGGGGCUCUCCAGGGAGGCAACCAGUUUCCCCAUCCAGCCCAUCACUCAUGGCCUGCCCGGAGAGUUGACUUACAUCUGCUGGCUCUUUCUGGGUGUCACUAGCCUGGCUGCAGCCUUUUUUUAAUGCACUUGAUAUCCUGGAGCUGACCAAAGAGCAAAAGCCACCAGCUGGGUUACAUGGGUGCUGUUAUCAGUGCUUCACAACCUCUUCAUCAGGCAGCCAGUCAAGGCGAUCUUCCUCACGCUGUUCGGCUCCCUGAUGCUGAACCGGAUGCCGUGGCUUACCAAAGAGAAGGAACAACAGACAAGGAGGAUCUUGGCACUCUUGGCAAAAUGUCCACCAGUACCUGGUUCAAGAGAUAAGAACAACCCCAUGUAUCUAGCUCCAACUAUCAACAGUCCAAUUAAGAGCCCAGAAAGAACCUUGAAAGAGAAGAAGCUUUUCAAGCUGACAGGAGAUAUUUUGGUACAAAUCCUCUUCCUUAUCUUGUUGAUGACUACAGUCUACUCAGCACAGAACUCGAAUAGGUUUUACCUCCAUCAGGCUAUCCAGAAGAGUUUCUCCCACUGUUUCUCAGAGAUCAGACUUCUGAAGCAUUUCUACCCGUGGGCCAAUCGCACCUUCCUAACCUUUAUGGGGUUACAGAGUGUUAAUGUCUACCCUUUAAUUAGGUUUAUUACUGAUGGGAACUCCUUUCUUUUGGGCAAUGUUCUGCUUCGUCAGAUUCGCAUUCCCAGUGCCCUAUUCCUUCCAACUGGAGUGUCUCCCCAAGAACAAGCAAAGCCAUCUCCCCAAGAUCAGGAGGAUACAGAGAACUAUGGAGUAAACUGGGGCCCCCCUGAUACAAACAUCACAAAAUCAGACAGCAUUUGGCAUUAUCAGAAUCAAGAGAUGCUUGGUGGCUAUCCUAUCCAAGGGGAAUUUGCCACUUACUCAGGAGGAGGAGUUCUGCAGCAUCUUGAACAGAGCCACUGGCUUGACCAUUGUACCAAAAGCCUCUUUGUGGAAUUUGUGGUGUUCAAUGCUAAUGUGAACCUGUUCUGUGUAGUGACCCUGAUUUUGGAGUCCAACAAUGUGAGUGCGUUCUUCCCCUCGCUGGGACUGGAAACUUUAACUUCCCUUCAGGCAUCAAAGAAGGACUUGACUUGUGAGAUGAGAGACCAAGCAAUCUAUUACCUACUAGUCUGUUACUGUGCCUUUGUACAGGGUCAUUGGCGGAAACAGCAGAGGUGGAGGUUCUUCACUAGGAAAAGAAACAUUCUGGACACGAGCGUAAUCCUCAUUAGCUUUGUCCUCCUGGGUCCUGACAUGAAGCUUACUUCUCUGCAUAAAAAAAACAUGGCACAAUACCACUAUGACCGGGACAGGUUCAUCAGCUCCUAUGAGGCAAUAAAAGUAAACUCAGCAGUCGUUCACCUCAUCGGCUUCCUGGUUCUGUUGGCAAUUGUUCAGCUGUGGAACCUGCUGCACCAUCACCCCAGGCUGCAGGUCAUCGGUAGAACACUCAGCAAAGCCUGGGACGAGGUGGUGGGCUUCUUGCUGGCCAUCCUGAUCCUGCUCACAGGCUACGCCAUUGCUUUUAACCUGCUGUUCGGCUGGAGCGUCUCUGACUACCGGACUUUCUUCAGCUCAACCGUGACUGUUGUUGGUUUCCUAAUGGGAAUCUCUCAUCACGAGGAGGUUAUUGAUUUAGACCCAAUCCUGGGAUCCUUUCUGAUUCUCACCAGUGUCUUCUUGAUGGUACUUGUGAUCAUUAACCUUUUUGUUUCUGUCAUUCUCAUGGCCUUUGGUAAAGAACGAACGUCCCUUAAGGUAGAAGAUGCACUGACAGAUGUGGUGCCACAGAAGCUCUCCAGUUUGCUAGGAAUCCAGUGGCACCGGAACACUGAGCAAACAGCCAUGACAGCAGUGGGCAGUAACACUAAGGCUUUAAAAGAUGAGCUAUUUGGGGGCACCUGGGUAGAACAGUGCCUGCAGCGAGUAGUGUAUAAGCCAAUGAGAGCACCCAGCUUCGAAGAACUGUUAAAGGGACUUCCAGAGUCCGUCUCUCCCAUUCAUGGCACACCUUUGCUCACUACAAACCCCUCUCGACAGGGGUUUGUUUCUAAGUCUAGAACUUCAGCACAGGGCUGA